AUGGAUUAUUUAAAAUCAAUUUCGAGAGUUGUAUUAGGCAAAGAUAUACCCUCAUUUCCUUACAAUAUUGGAGAAAAAAUUGAAGCAUUUGAGGGCCUUUCAAUAUGGUCUUUACAUAAUGGAACUAAAAAGGAAGAUGGAAGUUCUGUAUCUGUUUUUACUUUCGAUUGUAAUAAACAGAAAGAGAGGCUACAAUUAGCAAAGAAUGCAUUCAAAAAAUUUCGCACAAUUCGACAUCCAGAUUUAUUGAGAUAUCUAGAUGGUGUUGAGACAGAUACUUUUAUUUAUAUCGUGACAGAAUAUGUUUCACCUUUAAAAAAUCAGUUAAGAUUUCAUGAAGAUAAUAAUUUGAAAUUAUGGGGAUUAUAUAAAGUUGGAAGUGCGUUGAAAUUUUUGAACGAUGAUUGUUCAAUAAUUCACGGCAAUGUUCGAAUUUCUUCGAUAUUUACCAACAAAGCUGGUGAAUGGAUGUUAGCAGGAUUUGAACUUAUGAGUUCUAUGAAGGAAGAAAAUCCAAUGUACGGUGGUUUAGUUGUCGAAUCUGCUAAAUACGCAUCCCCGGAAGUUUUAAAAAGUUCAUGGAAUAUUUUGAAAGACCAAGAGAUUUGGGUGAUUGAUUCUUGGAACUAUGGAAUUUUGAUAUAUGAAGUUUAUAAUGGUGAAUUCACAUCAACCAAACAAUUAGAUAAUAUAAAUUUAAUUCCACAGAAUAUGCGUGAUCUAUAUAGUCAAUUGGUUGCUACUAACCCUAAGCAGAGACUUAGUAUCUCUUCUUUUAUUGAAGAUGGGCUGAGACCCGGUGGAUUUUUUCAAAAUGAUCUAGUUCAAAUUAAUUUGUUUUUAGAGAAUAUGAAUAUCAAAGAAUCUAGAGAGAAAGAUUUGUUCUUUAAGCAUGUUUCUAGAGGUGCUAGAGUAUUGCCACCUAUAAUAAAAAUAGGAAACACGCUUGAUGAUACAGAAUAUGAACAAUUGAUCAUAACAGCGAUCAUAAAAAUGUUUGCUGUACCUGAUAGAACGAUUCGUUUGAGUUUAUUGGAGAAUUUGGGAUCUUUUAUUGAUAAAUUAAGUAACAAGAUUAUCAAUGAUCAAAUAUUUCAACACGUGGCAACAGGAUUUACAGAUACUGCACCUAUUAUAAGAGAAAGCACUGUCAAGUCUAUACUUUUGAUUGUUCCAAAGUUAUAUGAUCGUACUAUUAACAAUGAUUUAUUAAAAUAUCUGGCCAAGUUACAGAUGGAUGAAGAACCAGGAAUAAGGACAAAUACCACAAUUUGUCUUGGAAAAAUAAGUAAACAUUUGAAUGAUAGUACAAAGAAGAAAGUGCUAGUGCCUGCCUUUACGAGAUCAUUACGAGAUCCGUUCCCGCAUGCAAGAGUCGCGAGUUUAAUGGCUUUAGCCGCAACGUCAGAAUAUUAUGAUGCGACUGAAUGUGCAACCAAGGUAUUACCUUGCGUGUCAUUAGUAUUGGUAGAUAAAGAAAGGCCUGUCCGAACACAAGCUUUCAAAACUGCUGAUAUAUUUAUAAAGCGAUUAGAGAAAUUGGCCGAGUCAAUGCCCGAUACAGCUAUACCUGACCCAAAUUCUACUGAAAAUUCGUCUGUCGCGGGUAGUGUUGCUGGAGUCGCAGUUAGUGUUGCAGAAAGUUGGGCAGGAUGGGCGGUCACAUCUAUAACAAAAAAGAUUGCUGGAUCAGGAGUGGAAGGUGAAAUUACUGCACAGUCUUCAAGUGAUCCACCUACAAGUGUGACAAUUGAUACGCCACAUACACUUACAAAAAAUAAAAUAGGAAGUGGACACUUGUCUCCAAUUUUAAACUCUUCUCUUGUGGAUCAAGCUGAUCACGAUACUUCAAAUGUAUGGGAAAAUGAAGAUCAUUUGGUUACUGUGGAUAAUUUAAACAUGAAAGUCAACAAUGAUUGGGCACAUCCUACAGAUGGAUGGGAUUUAGAUGAUUCAGAUUGGGGUAAUGGUGAAGGGUGGGAUAAUAAUUGGAAUAGCUCAAGGCCAUUAUCGACUGCUUCAAGCAAAUCAACAAGUUCUAUACAAAAAUCUUCAAACACUCCUAAUGUUUUAUCAAAAGAAGAAAAGGCCGUCGAACUUAAUAAAAAGAGAGAGGAGAGAAAACAGAGAAUGGCAGAAUUAAGAGAGCAAAAGAAAAAGAGUAAUGGGCUUGGUGCUAAAAAAAUAUAA